AUGGCGAGAGUCGGUGGAUAUCAGGCCUAUCCGCAAGACUUCUACAUGGCAUGCGCUUGGAUCGCAGCUCGAGGCUCGCGGCCCAAAGCCACGCCUAGCGACCUCGAGCACGAACCCAAAACAUACAAACGUAGAGUCAGUGGCCUGAACGUUGGCUACGACAGCGAGACCGGCGAAUAUCUUAACGACUUCGUCAUCAUGUCCACUGGUGCAGAGAUGAAAAGGAAAGCCCCAGCGGAAGAAGAUGCGGCUCCUAAGAAAGAGGCCUCAGCUUCGGCAACAGGUAUUAACACACUGUCAAUACACUAUGGUCCACACACUCACUUAUCUUUAGGCCUUGCAGAUCUCUUGCUUGCAGAAGACAACAUCGUGUCUCAAGUAGACCAGAAUGAAAACGCAUUACGUCAGCUCAACGAACUGCUCGAUAAGGCCCAGAAAGAGUGUCAGGAAAUGGUUCAAGGCAAUAAACGUCUCAAGCUUAACGCACAAUCAGUUCAAGACAAAAACAAUGGAUUCGGAGCAGUCAAUAACACAUUGACACGCGAGAAUCUGAAAUUACGAACGGAUUUGGAGGUGGAGAAGAAACAGAAUGCGGAAUUUCGUGAGAGACAGAACAAAAUAUUCGAAGAGGGCCGAAAAGAGUUCGCGACUCAGCUGGAACAUGAGAAGACGAAGGCCGCGAAAGUCGAAUCCGAGAGAGAGCAGGAGAAGAAAGUAGCCAAAGACCUCAGGAAGAAGCUGGAUAUCAUGACGGCAGAGUUUGUGAAGAAGGCUGCAGAGAUAGCAGGCAACGUAGAAAAAGAGAAGAGGAGGGCUGAUGAGGCCCGGGCAAAGCUGGCGACCAUCCAAGCAGUCAUCGGCAGAACCAUCUAA